AGGGGGGCUGUGAAUCUUAUCUGAUUUUCCAGAGAGGGGUUUGGAGCUGGACUGAAGCAGGGACAAUAACAGGAAGCGGCCAGAGGAACUGCUGGGCUGGGCUGAUCACUUUUGCCUCUGUAGGGGCCUGAUUAACCAGUGAGCAGCUCUGUGGGAGCUCAGACAGGUUCACAUGCAGCUGGAAACAGACACUGCUGACCUGAAACUGAGGAGGAUAAUUCAUUUACUGAAGGGAUUUUCAAAUCAAGGAAGACUGUUGAAGGGACCCUGGAAUCCUGGAACAUCUAUGUUUAUCAUCUUUACAAGAAGCUCUGUCUUUACAUCGAAGUCUAAACUCUCUCUAUAUUUCACAAUGAUGAAACAGUCAGCCUGCAGGCAGUUGACUGAGCCUGGCUUCUGGGCAGGUGUCCUGGUUGUUUUAUGUACCCUCAGCAUGGGAGCUGAUGUCCACCAAGAUCUGAAAACACAAUCCAUGCCAAGCAGAGUGCUUAAAAGACAUAAGAGAGACUGGAAUUGGGAUAAACUUUAUGUGUCUGAGGAAUUGCCUCCACAAAACCCACCUGGUAAAAUUGGAAAGCUAGAUAAUACAUUCUUCAAUACAUCCUCAAGAUACAUUCUCUCAGGGGAAGGUGCUAACAAAUUUUUUACUGUAAAUGAAAAUGGGGAUAUCAAUGUCAAUGCAAAGUUGGACCGGGAGGAGAAAAGUAUCUACAAACUGUCAGCUUCAAUCAUCAACAAAGAGAGCGGUAAACCGCUUGACAAAGAUGAAACAUUUGUAAUAGUGGUCCUGGAUAUUAAUGACAAUAGCCCUGUCUUUCCACCUGACCUCUCCGGGUCCAUCAGCGAGUCUUCUGAAACAGGAUCAAUAGUAAUGACAGUAAAUGCAACUGAUGCUGAUGAUGGCAGCACUCUGAAUGGAAAGAUCGAAUACAAACUGCUAAAUGGGACAGACCUCUUCUACAUCAACAAAAAAAGAUUAGAUAAUGUAGGUGAAAUCAGAUUAUUGAAAAGUAGUCUUGACCGUGAGAAACAGAGUCAGUAUAUAAUUGCCAUACAAGCCAAAGACCUGCCAGGAAAGGAGAUUGGGAAUUCUGCUACUACCACUGUGACCAUAAACAUUAAUGAUGCAAAUGACAACAUUGCCACUUUCAAGAAAGGAAAAUACACAUUUAAUGUAAAAGAAGACAGCAAACAGGAAUACGAAAUUGGCGUAUUAGACGUGGAUGACAAAGAUGAGAUACAAAACAAAGAUCCAACGUUUACUAUACAACAUGAAUUUGAUGAAGUCUUUGACAUUAAACUAAAUAAUGAAAAAGAUGGAAUUCUUACCCUCAAAGUGCCACUUGAUUAUGAAACAAGGAAUAUAUACACAUUUCAUGUAAACGUGGACGAGCACACAGUGUCUAAAUCACCAGAUAAUCAAGGACCCAACCUGCAGAAGACAGCGGAAGUUUCCAUCAAUGUAACUGAUGUUGACGAACCACCUGUUUUCAACCAAACUAAAUACAACUUCAGUUUCUACGAAGGCCAAUUCAGUAGUCCAAUCAUUGGAGCCGUUUUAGCAAAGGAUCCAGAUAAAACUGGUAACAAAAUACGGUACUCUAUUGAAGAUUCAAACUGUCCUGUAGCUGUGGAUCCUGUACAAGGACAUCUGUCCGUAAAGAGACAACUGGACAGAGAGCAACAAUCCUUGCACACAUUCAAGGUUACAGCACAUGAGGAUGUACCAAAUGGUCUAAUGUCAUAUGCACUGGUUAAUCUGACGGUUCUUGACAUUAAUGACAAUGCACCAGAAAUAACUAAUGGGACUUUGCAUGUUUGUGAGAGUGACACAGCAGGAACAAUCAUUGGGACUGUGGGAGCCAAUGACAAGGAUGAAAGUUCGCAAAGGUUCACUUUCACUCUGGCAAAAAAGAGCACAAACUUUACCCUUCGUAGGCAUCCAAAUAACACUGCAAGCAUAGAGCUGAAGCAUGGUGGUUUCAGUACUGAAAGCUCAAUGAAAUAUGAGCUGGAAAUCGAAAUCAAAGAUGGAGGUAACCCAGAAAAGCAGAGCAUUAACCUCGUCCAGAUUAAAGUGUGCACGUGCCAUGCGGGACGACGGAUCGAGUACUGCAAGGCCUUCGCCCAGACCGGAGUGAGCGCCAGCGCCCUCUUAGCCAUUCUUCUCUGCAUCGUCACCAUCCUGGUCAUUGUCAUCCUCAUCGUGUUGAGAAGGCGCUAUCAAAAAGAAGUUUUGGUUAUCAAGUCUUCUGGCGAUAUCCACGAGCAGCUGGUGAGCUAUGACGAGGAAGGCGGUGGAGAAAUGGACACAAACGGUUAUGAUGUUUCCAUCCUGUCCUCUGCUUGUCAAGACAGCAGCUUUCGGCCCGGCCUGGGGCCUUCGCUGUACGCCGUGGUGAAGAAACCUCCUGCUUGUAAGGGAGACAUGGGCAUGAUGAUCGAGGUGAAGAAGGAUGAGGCCGACCAUGACUGGAUUCCCUAUGAUACUUUACACAUCUACGGCUAUGAGGGAUCUGAAUCCCUGGCCGGUUCCCUCAGCUCUUUGGACUCGUCCUCCAGCGGAUCCAAUCUGGACUACGACUUCUUGCAUGAGUGGGGACCUCGUUUCAGGACCCUGGCUCAGCUCUAUGGAGUAGACGACUCGGACACUGAUAGCUUCGACUGAUCCUGCUGAAGGUCAGGGUUAUCAGAAAACAUCAGCUUGAUGGAGACUGUUGUCUUCUCUUCAUGGGAUUUUUUGUAAGGGUCCCUUUAAGAAAGGGAUUAACAAGUGCCAAUACUUAUUUCUUUCAAGUAUUAUGACAUUAUGAUGAGCACUACUGCAUUUGUAAUUUUCAUAGAAUAGGUGUUAGUAGAAAAACGUGCCUUGCUUUUUCAGACUGGUUUUAGUCCAGCUGGAUUUUGUAUAAAAGGGCAUUGGACACUGGUUGGACAAACUCUUCUUUUCAGGUUAAUUUAACAGCAAAUCUGAUCUCAUUUUAACAGGAAAAUAUGUUCAUUUUGUGAAGCUUUUUUCCGUUUCUUUUCUUUAUGUAGAUAUUGAUAUUGAGUCUCUUGAGAAAACAGAAUUAUUUAACAUUUUGGCGACUUCAUAAAAAAAUGUUACCCACUCCUCAAAACUGAAAACACACAAAUGAGAUCAUACAAAUCAAAUGAAUUUGUACCCCAACAUAAAACGUAAAAGUAGCAAUGAGAUUGUGUUGUUCUUAAUAUUUUUUCUUUUUUUUUUUUUUUUUUUUGUAGUCCUGUAAAAAUCCCCAGUUUGUUUGUAUACACGUGCUUUCUGGACUCAUGGUCAGUGUAAUUGCAGAGCCAGCAUUGUUCAGCAGACUUCUCAUCAGGAUAUCACUGUAUUGCUAUGGGAGCAACAAAGGAAAUUGUGAUAACUGUACUUUGAAAGAAUUAAAGGCUACUCCAAGUUUAUUUGACAGAUAUCAUCAGCACAUCGAUUGUUAUGAGUAAAGCCCAAAUCUCAAAGGUCGACCAAUAUAAGGCAAUUGCAGACAACGUGCAGUGAGUUUUUUGCCUGUUGAAAUGUGAAAAGUGGUCUGAAUAACUGUAUCACCAUGUGAAUCAUAAGUGGGGCUAUAUAUUUAAUAGCGUCAUAAAAGAAAAAAAAA